CGUGAUUGGCGUUCCUGGCUUUCACACCGCUCGAGCACUUGCAAACGCCCUGGCCAGCGUUUUCCUCCUCAACCCCACAAGCGGAAGGUAUUUGUUGAGAUCACGGCGUCUUCAGGCAGAGGAUCAGUUCAGCCAUCGAAUUUCUCCUCUUCUCAAAUCAGUCAGCAUUGUCCUGGCAACGGAAGACGGCAGCCCACAAAAGUGGUACGAUUUUGUCUUGCAGCUCUGCGCCACAAUUGCCACGAAUUGGUGCUAGACUAUCCCUGAAGCCGAUAUCGUCUGUGCAGAUCAUUCUCAACCGUUAGUACGCGAAUUUGGACCGCUGUUUUCGCUAGUGUGUAGUAGGGAGAUUCCUUGAUACAACUGCCGCAUACUUCUCGCCAUCCUCCUCAGUCCUUGACUUCUGCUCUCUCACCGGCCUCCUCACGUCUUUGAGCCCUCAACGCCGUCUCGCAAUUUCGAAGUUCAAGAGUCCCUCGCAACGAUAUCUCGGUACAACAUGGCGACCCGCCCUCAGAACAUCGGCAUCAAGGCCAUUGAAAUCUACUUUCCCAGCCAAUGCGUUGACCAGAAAGAACUCGAGAAGUUCGACGGCGUCAGUGAAGGCAAAUACACCAUUGGCUUGGGCCAGACGAGGAUGAGCUUCUGCGACGACAGAGAAGAUAUCUACUCCAUUGCCCUUACCACACUGUCCUCACUUCUAACGAAGUACAAUAUCGACCCAAAGUCUAUCGGCAGACUCGAGGUCGGCACCGAGACUUUGCUUGACAAGUCAAAGUCUGUGAAGUCUGUGCUUAUGCAGCUCUUCGCUGAAUCAGGCAACUUCAACGUUGAGGGUGUAGACACCGUCAACGCGUGUUAUGGCGGAACGAAUGCCUUGUUCAACGCCGUUAACUGGGUUGAGUCCUCCGGCUGGGAUGGGCGUGACGCGAUUGUAGUUGCUGGUGACAUCGCUUUGUACAAGAAGGGCAACGCUCGCCCAACUGGCGGUGCCGGUUGCGUAGCUAUGCUUAUUGGCCCAGACGCUCCAAUUGCGUUCGAGCCUGGUCUUCGUGGCUCGUACAUCACCCAUGCCUACGACUUCUAUAAGCCCGAUUUUACCAGCGAGUAUCCUAUUGUCGACGGUCACUUCUCUAUCAAGUGCUACACUGAGGCCGUGGAUAACUGCUACAAGGCGUACAAUACGCGCGAACAGCAGCUUAAGAACGCUCAGACGAACGGCCACGCCAAUGGACAUACUGAGCUCGAGACACCCCUUGAUCGAUUCGACUACAUGUGCUUCCACGCCCCCACUUGCAAACUAGUCUCGAAGUCCUAUGCUCGCCUUCUCUACAACGACUUUGUCGCUGAUCCCGCCAACCCUCUUUUCAAGGAUGUUCCUGCUGAACUCCGCGAGCUUGAUUAUGCGUCUUCGUUGUCGGACAAGACCGUCGAGAAGACCUUUAUGGCUCUGGCCAAGAAGCGAUUUGCUCAGCGCGUUGGACCGUCCAUUGAGGUUCCAACUAUGUGCGGUAACAUGUACUGUGCUAGUGUGUACGCCAGCUUCUGUAGCUUGCUCGCCAAUGUUGAUAGCGAUGACCUUCAGGGCAAGCGCAUCGCUAUCUUCAGCUAUGGCAGCGGUAUUGCCAGCUCUAUAUUCUCCCUUAAAGUCAGGGGCAGUACAAAGGAGCUUGCGGAGAAGAUGAACAUUCACAAGAGGCUCGAGUCGAGACGUGUUGUCCCACCAGAGGUCUACGAUGAGAUGUGCAACUUGCGCGAGAAGGCUCACUUGCAGAAGAACUACACCCCAGCGGGUGCUACCGACACUCUCUUCCCUGGCACAUACUAUCUCACCCACAUUGAUGACAUGUUCCGCCGUACGUAUGCAAUUGCUUAGUUGAAGGCUCGCAAUCAGUAGACAAGAUGGUCACAUGUCGUUCCAAAUAAAUGCCGGUUCGCAAGCUUGGGAUUUAUCUUCUAAUGCAUUUGGGACGCCGCAUUUGCAUGCUUUGGAGUUCCUAUUCGUAUAGAGAUGAGUUGUUUGGGGAUCAGCAAAUUAUUUUAUCGAUGAGAUGGAUGCACGGAUUGACGAAUGCUACGGAAGGGGCUUAUUUUAAUGGUGGAAGUAGUCAGUGUAGGCUCGAAUUGUGAUUGAGCUACCCGUAUAACAUGAGUGCAUCGAGCCGAUGGUCUGAAUUGAAAUAGAUUAAUUUACAUAUUACACAGCGGGUUGCGUAACGUGCGGGUCAGUCGCUCAGAGCACCGUGUAUCAAUCACAUAAAGCCCAGUGAGGGCCUUGGACCCAAAUUCAGUUUAGC